AUGGCUCAGAUUAACUGCACUCAGGUGACAGAGUUUAUCCUUGUGGGACUCACGGAUCACCAGGAGCUGAAGAUGCCCCUCUUUGUGGUGUUCUUAACUAUCUAUCUUUGCACAGUGGUAGGCAAUCUGGGUUUGAUUCUAGUCAUUAGAACAGAUGGAAAACUCAACACACCCAUGUAUUUCUUCCUUAGCAACCUGGCUUUUGUGGAUUUCUGUUAUACAUCUGUUAUCACACCCAAAAUGCUUGGGAAUUUCUUGUACAAGCAAAAUAUCAUAUCCUUCCAUGCAUGUGCUGCCCAGCUAGGCUGUUUUCUAACUUUCAUGAUAUCAGAGUGCUUGCUCUUGGCUUCCAUGGCUUAUGACAGAUACGUGGCCAUUUGCAACCCCCUCCUGUAUAUGGUUGUAAUGUCCCCAGCAAUAUGCAUUCAGCUUGUGUCUGCCCCCUAUUGCUAUAGCUUCCUCAUGGCACUGCUUCAUACCACCCUCACCUUCCGUCUCUGCUAUUGCCACUCCAAUGUCAUCAACCAUUUCUACUGUGAUGAUAUGCCCCUCCUCAGGCUAACUUGCUCAGACACUCACUCCAAACAGCUCUGGAUCUUUGCCUGUGCUGGCGUCACAUUCAUUUCCUCCCUUCUGAUUGUCUUUGUCUCCUACAUGUACAUUAUUGCUGCCAUCCUCAGGAUGCGCUCGGCUGAGGGGAGGCGCAAGGCCUUCUCCACAUGUGGCUCCCACAUGCUGGCCGUCACCAUAUUCUAUGGGACUCUGAUCUUCAUGUACUUACAACCCAGCUCCAACCAUUCCCUGGACACAGACAAGAUGGCGUCUGUCUUCUACACAGUGAUCAUUCCCAUGCUGAACCCCUUGAUCUACAGUCUUCGGAAUAAGGAUGUGAAGCAGGCCCUCAAGAAAUUCCUCCUGACUAAAAACACGACCUUUAUAUUGGUGCUGUUAAGAAAAUGA